AUGCAGCCGGAUAUAACAGCACCGGGGGUGAGUAUAUUCGCAGCAUAUUCACCGGUAGCAGCCACCGCGAUCGGAGAAAACGUGGAUUACUAUUUCUUGUCAGGGACGUCUAUGUCUUGCCCUCAUGUCGCAGGUGUUGCUGCUUACGUCAAGACACUCCGUCCUCAUUGGUCUCCUUCCGCUAUCAAAUCCGCUAUCAUGACUACCGCUUGGGGGAUGAAUGCUUCCAGAAACAUUGGAGCAGAAUUCGCAUAUGGAUCAGGACAUGUUAACCCUACAAAAGCUGCUGAUCCAGGGCUUAUUUAUGAAUCAACUAAAGAUGACUAUUUGAAAAUGCUCUGCUCUCUCAACUACACAUCACAAGCCCUAGCUACUAUCGUGGGCUCCACUUUCAAUUGUUCUCAAGAAUCUAAGCUUAACGCUAGAAAUCUCAACUACCCUUCAAUGUCUGCCAAAGUUGCAACUAACUCAUCAUCUUCGGAUAUCACAUUUUCAAGAACGGUCAAAAACGUUGGGAAAGCAAGAUCAACGUACAAGGCACAAUUGACUACGGACCCUAGACUUAGCGUCAGAGUCGAUCCAAAUACGCUCUCUUUUAACUCCUUGGACGAAAAGAAGUCUUUCACUGUUACAAUCUCCGGUAACAAUCUUUCUAGUAUCUCUGGUAUCGCGGCCGCAUCUCUGGUUUGGUCGGAUGGAUCUUACUCAGUGAGAAGUCCAAUCGUUGCCUAUACUUAG